AUGCCUCGACCAAGGGUCCGCCCCGAAGAUCGGCAACGAGCUGCCAAAGCCUGUUUACCUUGCAAAGCUUCCAAGAAAAGAUGUGACGCCCAACAGCCAUGUUCCAACUGUGUCAGACGAAGAUCCACCUCUUCUUGCGUGUAUGCCGGCUCCAUGCACGUCAGGCCUGAUGAUGGUCGUCGGAAAUUCAUCAACUCAUCAACUCAUGAACCGCAGAGUUCCCAUGCCUUGUCGGUGGAGGAGUCGGAUCCAUCGGCGGGAAGUCCUCAAUAUGCUACUGCGCGACUCCAUGAGCCUGCGGCGACGCCUCAACGGCUCACUAGGGGGCGUCUAUUACUGAACUCCAAAGGAGAGAAAGUCUAUGUCGGAGAGACGGCUUCUCUUUCAUUUCUACAGUUCCUCCGUCAUAUCAUCAGACAGCAGAUGGGUCCGUCGAUAUUCACGGAGAACACUCGCCGAAAUGUGAUGCUUGAAGUCAACACUCCAGAAGAUACGAACAGCCACUUUAUAGAAGACGAGAUGCAGAAACGACCCUUGGUUGAUGUUUACUUUGCUGCGACAAAUGGUCUUCUCGAUUUAUUUUCCCGAGAUGAGAUUGAAGAACUCCUGACUACGAGAGUUCCCAUGAACCAUGGUGGUCCCGACUAUACCCAAGCGGCUCUUGAUCUUAUUAUUGCCAUCGGAGGUCAAUGUCGCGCGUCCAGUUCGUUGGAUCUCCGAUAUGCCGUUCGAUAUUUCUCGCGCGCACAAAAGACCGCUUUUGCCGCUGCUCUUGAAGAUCCGUGUCUUGACAUGGUUCGAUGUUUUCUUCUUCUGGCGUUUUAUAUGUUUGGCGCUUGUCGACGAAACGCCGCGCUGAUGUACCUGGGUGUGGCAAGCCAGGCGUCCACGACAUUGGGUCUCCAUGUGACUGAACAGUAUCGCCAUUUCAGUAUACGUGAUCAGAGCAUACGAUUGCGUACCCUCAAAAGCCUUCGAAUCAUGGACGUUGUUUCUCAUUCAAUUCUCGGGCGACCAUAUUCAACCCCGGCCAUCCGGAUUGAUAGUGCCUCAUUCAGCAGCAUGCAUAUCCAUGUGGGCAAGCCUCGUGAUCUCGCAUUGAACGCGAGCUUUGGAGCGUCGUCCGUCAUUGCCGAGAUCAUUCAAAGGCUCGACUCGGCGAAUUCAUGCAUCGAACCAGCCGCUGCCGAAAGAUUUCUCCGACGUCUCCAAGACUGGAGCUCCAGUCUACCCAGUGAUAUUCGUCAAUUCUCCCAGAAUCCCGAUUCACCUUUGACACUGCUGGACCGGGAGCAGAUCAUCGGCAGUAUCCACGUGUCCUGUGUCUAUUACUUUGCGGUGAUGUUGGUGACGCGACCGUUCUUGAUCACCCAUCUGAUGUCACAUCUCCCCGGGAACGCGGCGGAGACUCCCGACCCCGUCACCACGUCCACAAAGGAUCCGCCCGACGUGGUCAAUCUGGCUCAAGCCUGCAUCGAUUCCGCUAUAUACAUGGCCCAAAUGUGUUACGAAGCUCUCCAAUCCGGGAUCUUGCUGAAUAACAUGUGCAUAAUGAAGGCAUGGAUGUUUGCCGCCGGUUUGGUCUUGGGCUUCUCCAUGUUUGCACAACGAGAAGCGCGAUAUGACAUGGACGAAUCAUUCAACGGCGCACGGGAAGUCCUCAAGAAACUCUCUGAACAUAGUCCUCAAGCCGAACAUUACUAUGAGAUCCUUACGGGAUUUGCAGACGCCAUACAGCGGCAUCGGCAGCAUUUGUCCCGUGAGAAACGUCGAUCGAAUAAUAGGUAUGUCAAUCAGAUACUGACGCUGGAUGUGAGUCGUAGCGUCGCGGGAUCACAGGCUAGGUUGUCCCCCGGAACGCUUCCCAGGGGUCCUGCGGAUGGUGCUUCCACUUCCGAGACGGAUCCGACGGCUGGUGCCAGGUUCGGCGAGUUCGACUACCACGGUGGUGCUUCUCAUCCCCAAUUUCAGAUGCCGGACGUGACUCAGUUGCCGAUCGAAAGCGGCGGUGGGUUCGAUUUUGGUCUGUUUGGUUGGGAUAAUUUUGCCAUGCAGAUUUCCGAGAACUUUUCCUUGGAUAAUGAGAGUGCGUGGAACAUGACAUGA